AUCCGUAAAGGGCAUUAACAACAUUUUCAUAACGUCCCUCCUCUCUUUAGCCCUUUAGGAAGGGUGGAGGGAAAGGAGGGUGAAUAAGCAGAUCCUUGAAGGUUGGAGCAACUCAGAAAGCCUUUGCCGCUCUGGAAGCUGUGGGGCUUUUUUUUGGAAGGGUCCCACCCUUAAGGUUGCCCCAUUUGAACCUCGGGUCGCCUUAGCUUGGAUGCACCACGGCCUGUUAGAUCCAGGUCCUUGCCGCGUCUACUGAGAGGGAAGGGAAGGAGAUUCGCAAAGGAUGAAAGAGGAAAGCAUGUGCCCAGAUUCACCGGAGGGGAGCUUGGUGACCAGCGAGGAGGAGAGUGAGAGGGUCCCCAAAAAAGGCCUGCGCAAGAGGACCCAACUAGGCAAACCCUUGGCCUCGGCUCCCCUGCAGGAGUGCAGUGCCCCCUCGCCCCAGGGAAAGCGCAGCAAGCGUAGCCCUGUGCCACAGACCUUCGAGGACAUGCACACGCAGCGGGUGAUUGCCAAUGUGCGGGAGCGCCAGCGCACCCAGUCGCUGAAUGAUGCCUUCGCUGAACUCCGCAAAAUCAUCCCCACACUGCCUUCCGACAAGCUCAGCAAGAUCCAGACACUCAAGCUGGCGGCACGAUACAUCGACUUCCUCUACCAGGUUCUGCAGAGCGAUGAGCUCGACCACAAGAUCUCCAGCUGCAACUACCUGGCCCACGAGAGGCUCAGCUACGCCUUCUCCGUCUGGAGGAUGGAAGGGGCCUGGUCCAUGUCAGCAUCCCACUGAGACCCACCGGGAAGGUCCAUUCAGGAAGGUAGCCAGCAGGUAACACGCUUCUGCCUCACCCAAGAGCAGCAACAGAGGAACUCUUCUCCAGAGAAACUCAGGGCAUAUACUCUGUAUGAUUCUCCAUCGCCAGCUCAAAAACGAGACCAAACGUGAUCACCAUCCUCUUGGGGAGAAGAGAGCCCAGCUGAGAUCUAGGAUGGAGAAUCCAGACUUUCCACCAUUACUCUGGGAAGAACUGCAGACAUAAGCGAGGCAGUGACUCAAAGCAGGCCCAGACUGCUUUUGCUUGUAACAAGCUGAUCUCAAAAUGUAUAUCUAGAACUCUUUCGAUGAGCUAAUUUAUUUUUGAAUUUGCAGGUUUUAAGAAUAAUUGUUUUAUUUUCAAUAGCUUUCUGCUUCCUGGGAGGUUCUUUCCACCUGCUCCCCUCCAACUAGGACCCAAAACAGCAGGAAUGACUUAAAUCCUCUUGAGGUGAUCUCCUGUCACCCUCCUUCAACAAGGACUUGAGCUCUAAAAGCCUCACUCCCUCCUCUCCCAAUGGGGUUAUGGUUAUUCCGCUGCCAGAAAAAACAUAUUCUGUACAUGCUCAGGAGCAUUACACUUUUGGUGGUGCUAGUUUAUGAUUCAAGGCUAAAUCCUGCCCCUAAAAAGCAGGACCUGCCCUGGCCUGGUGAGACCCAGCUUCUUCCAUUGAGGUCAGUUUGCCCCUUCUAGUGAUCCCACAAUGGCCCAUUCUGGCCCAAGUCUCAUUGGGAUAAGCACACCUUGCUAUUGCCUAACACAGCUACUCACUGCUGCUAAAUGGUCACCAUAUGGUGGUGGGAAAUGAGAGAAACCAAAUGCUUCUGGGGUGGGUGUGUAUCUAUCAGCAGCACAGGCUCAGUAAGUGGUGCAGUGGUCAUUCUGUCUCCCCAGGGAACCCUGGGAACUGAGGGACUCAUAGAAUGUAGUUCUGUGAGAAUUCUGAGAACCCGCACCAAACCACAAUUCCCAGGAACUGUGGGACUGGGUGAGCCAUUAAUCUUAAAGUAGCCUAUAAAACAAACCCAAAUUUAUACUUCA